GCUAUAGGCAUUUAGCCGUUAAAGAACUGGCCGUGGUAUUUACCUUUUCGUAGGACCUAUAUAGGCCAUCAUCCCAUCCUCCCGACAUACCCUAAAUACAACUGCCAAUCUCAUCUACAAUCCUAUAAAACAUCCACAAUCAACUCCCCUCAAAAAUCAAGCCGAAAAUGCCCCGCCAAAAAUCCCUUUCCCCGGGAAGCUGCACCCUCCGCCUAACCAACAUAACCACCCUCCCCCCAUCCCAGAAAGCCGCCCUCAUAUCCUCCAUCGCCAAUGACAUAAAAGCCACAUUCAUCUACAUCGCCAAGCAAUCCGAAGCCGGAAACCUAGGCCCCCACAAUACAGCGCCUCUAGACGACGUCGUCGCUACGAUCAGAGACACGGCUGUUUCGGAAAGACGAAUGCUGGAGAAGAAACUUGAGAAGACGGAACGACGGGUUAGGAUGUUGAAGAGGGAGCAGAAGUGGAUGCAGAAGGAGUUUGGAGAGGUUAUGAAGAGAGUUGAGAUGGUUAGUGGGAAGUGGAAGGAGAAGAUUGAGAGGUUACGGGGGAGGGUGGAGGGAUUGCAGAGGGAGUUGGCGUCGGGGAGGAAGGGGGAGAUGGUGGAGCGGAAGGGGGGAGAGGAUAAGGCGUGA